AUGAGGGUACUAGAAGCAUUGCUGAUUGUUUGUGUUGUACUUUUGACAGUUUGUAGUGCUAAAAGUGAUGGUAAAGGAACUAAAGGAGAUAUUGAAGAUGGAAGAAAGUUUAUAGGAAGAGUAUUAGAACAAGGUCGAACCUUGGUCCACAACACCUUCAAACGGUUUAUGAUUCUCCUACCAGUCAUUUUUUUCAAAUUAGGAAUAGCCUUCACGAUGCUGCUCCUAGUCACCAUAGUGUCAGUCAACAACGGUUUCAUAGGCUUCCUCCUGCUGGUUGUAGGUCUGAGUAGCGUCCUAGCAAGGCUUCAAGAAGCAAGGAAGCCUUCCGUAGUGCCAUACGUCAAUCCUCCAGUGCCUUACGUUAAUCCAGUGCCUGUUUACCCAACCAAAUAUAUUCAGGAUUGGGACAGAAAGGAUAAAGGAAUAGAAGGGAGUGCAACGCAGGCUUAUAGCCAAAUAUACGGGUCGCAGUAUGGUUAUCCCCAACUGAGUGGAUAUUAUAAACAAAAUAGUGUGAUUGGUUAG